AUGGCAAGUUUUAAGGAACUCUCAAUGGGUGGAGUAGUCUUGAAUAAUUCGAGAAGAAAUUCAUCAGAGGAAAGAAAGAAGAAAGGUGAUGAAGAUGAUUUAGGGUUUAAAAGAAAACUCAAACUUUGGUUUGGUUGCAUGACACUGAUGAUCAUGAGAUCAAAAGCAAAAGAUUCUGCGAGUGAUCACAAAUAUAAAGCAGAUGGAAUAGAGGAGAAAAUUAUUGGUCCCAUACCAUCAACUCCAACCAAUUCACCAAUUAUUAAUGAAGAAAGGGUGGUUAAUCCAAAAAGCUUUACAUACAAACAGCUUAAAUUGGCAACAAAAAAUUUUAAGAGAGAGCAUUUUCUUGGUGAGGGAGGAUUUGGAAGUGUCUACAAAGGAUGGCUUAGUAGAGAUGAUGCUAUGACUCCAACAAAACCUGGAAUGGGGAUCCCUGUUGCUAUAAAAUCUCUCAACCAAUUUGGUCUUCAGGGCCAUCAAGAAUGGCUGGCUGAAGUAAACUAUCUGAGUCAGCUAAAGCACCCAAAUUUAGUGAAACUAAUUGGAUUUUGCAAUGAAGAUGAUAAGAUGCUGCUUGUUUAUGAGUUCAUGCCUCGUGGAAGCCUUGAAUCCCAUCUCUUUAGGAGAGCUGUGGUGUUUCCAUGGUCCAUCAGAGUGAGAAUAAUGCUUGAUGCUGCAAAGGGACUUGCAUAUCUUCAUGAGAAGACUCAGAAUAAGAAUGCAGUCAUUUUUCGAGACUUCAAGACUUCUAAUGUUCUCUUGGACACGGAGUUCCAUGCAAAGCUAUCGGACUUUGGUUUUGCAAGGGAUGGACCUGAGGGAGAUAAAACUCACAUAUCAACUAGAGUCAUGGGAACCCAUGGCUAUGCUGCCCCAGAAUAUGUCAUGAAUGGGCACCUGAGCACGAAGAGUGAUGUGUAUAGUUUUGGAGUGGUGAUGCUAGAGAUGGUGACAGGAAGGAAGGUGAUAGACAGACAGAGGCCACAUAGUGAGAUGAACUUGGUGAGAUGGGCACUGCCCUUAAUAAGGGACAAUGGAAGGAACAGCCAUAUACUCCUCAUUGACCCAAGGCUUCAUGGGCAUUACUCCGCAAAGGCUUCCCUUAAGGCACUUAAGUUGGCCUCUCGCUGCCUCCGCUUCAACCCUUCCAUGAGACCUACCAUGGAUUCAGUUGUUCAAUCCAUCAUCAACUUCCCUCAAGAAGCCUCACCUCUUCCAAUUCCUCCUCCUCCUCCUCCUCAUCUUAAUACUAACUCCAACAAGUAUGGUCUUGUUUCUUCUGCUUCUGCUUCCAGGACCAACGUGCCCACUCGCUUUCAGGCUUCGCCGUGCCACCUCAACCACCACCACCAAGCUCAUGUUGCUUCAACUUCAUCAACUCCACCAAGGCCUAAUGUUAGAAUUGAUCAAAGGCGUUGAAUAAAAAAUUAAAAAUAA